UGACGUCAAAGCGAACCGGACGCGCUUCCUGAGGCGCCGGCGAUGUCGCACUGAAACGAGGCCGGGCGGAAGCGCCGGGUUUUUUGGGCCGAGGGUGGCGAUUUUCGGCUCGCGGGGAUUUUUGGGGUCCCGGGGGGAUUUUGGGGUCCCGGAGGGGAUUUUGGGGUCCCCUGAGGGGUUCGAGGAAUCCUGAAGGGUCCCAUCCCCCCUUUUAGGGCUUUAGGGUCCCCUCCCCUCUUUUUAAGACCCCAUUUUUGGGGUCUCCCCUCCCCACCAUGUGCGACACCCCCCCCAAAAUCCCCUCCCCGCCCCUCCCCCCUCUCGGGAACCCCCCAGAAUUCCCCCAAAACCCCCAAAAUCGCGGGAUUUCACCCCAAAUUCGGCCGCGGGGCCGCGCGCGCACACGCCUCCGGAACCGGCGCUUCGCGGCCCUGCAGGAGCUGCUGCGCGGGGGUGAAUAUUUCAGCGAGGAGCAGAUGCGGCUCCGUGCCCCUGCGCUCUUCCACCACUACAUUGGAAGAUUCCGCGACCCCAAAACCCCCCAGACCCCCCAGAAAGGCCCCAAAACCCCCGGGAACCCCAAAACCCUCCCAGGGGAGCCCCAAAAAGCCACGGGGCCGCCCCAGAACCUGCGGGAGCUGCUGCUGAGGGCGCUGGAGGAGAGCCCGGCUGAGGCAGAGCAGGAGGAGGAGGAGGAGGAGGAUGAUGAGGAUGAUGAAGGUGAGGAUGAGGAGCGGAUCCCGGACGCGGCCGAGCAGGAAUUGUUGCGCCUGGAAUUCACCUCCAGGAUGUACCAGAGCUUCCUGGAGGGGCAGGACGGGGACUUUGAUUACAGCCAGGUGGACGAGAACCCAGAUCUGGACGACCUGGAGCUGCUCUCCCGAGAUCUGGAGGAUCGAUAUUUCGACGAGGAGGAGCCCAGCCAGGCCCCUGUGCUCCAGUAGAGAAAACCCCAAAAUUCCAAACAAAAAUUCCACACAAAAAAUUCCCCCAAAAAAUCCCCAAAAUAAAUGGGAAAAAAAUCCCAAAAAAUGCACUCCUGGUUUGUGGUUUUUGGGGUAAAAAAUGGGAUUUUGGUGCAUCCAUCCAUGGAGGGUUUGGAUAUGGGUAUUGACCUCCUUUAUCGUGGUGAGGAAGAAUUCCUCCCAGCAUACCUCAGUGCUCUAUGCAAAUUAUUGGCUCCCCAUUGGUCCUUCCCCCUUUGCUCCUUUCCUCAGUGCUCAGUUCAUUCGCCUGUUGCUCCGUCGUUGGGUUUUCAAAUAUUUUCCUAAUAAAAGCCGUGAUUCUGUUC